GUUCUACACAGGCGCACAAAGUUUUAAUCUCGAUUCUUAUCCAUUUCUACAAUUUUAGAAAGGGCAAUAAAUUAGGGCGUUUUAGUAUUUUGUUGAGUGCUUGUAUUGCGUAAAAGAAACGUGCAAAUAUUUCACUAAUAAUUAGAACUUACAACUUUUUUUGGAAAUUCGAUAGAGCAUUCUUGAUAUAUUCGGUAAACAUAAGUGUUUUACGUAUUUAAUUCUGUGUUAAUCGCCAUAUGUUUAAAAUUUAAUGGUACAUUGAUAUUGUUUUAACACUGCCCGAAUGAUAGUAGAUUUAUAAAUAUACCUAUCUUAAACGCUGUUUAAUUAACACCAAAUUUAUUAUAUCCAUGAAGAUGGGAACCAGAGUAUUUGUUGGUGGACUCACUUAUCGUGUUAGAGAACGCGAUAUUGAAAAAUUCUUCCGCAAGUAUGGCAGAAUUAAAGAAGUCGCAAUGAAAAAUGGAUUUGCAUUUGUUGAAUUCGAUGAUCACAGAGACGCAGAUGAUGCCAUCUAUGAGCUAAACGGAAGAGAUUUACUUGGGGAAAAGGUAUCCGUAGAACGUGCUAGGGGUACGCCAAGAGGAAGCGACCAAUGGAGGGGCAGCAUGGGUGGUUCGAGAGGUUACGGAGGACCUCCACGUAACAGAGAUACUCGCGAAAAAUAUGGUCCACCGCAAAGAACGAGGUAUCGCGUCUACGUUGAUAAUCUGUCUAGCAGAGUCAGCUGGCAGGAAGGCUAAGAUGUCAGUUUUGUAAUCCAUGUGUCACUUUUUGAUUUAACAUUACUAUUAAUCCCUGUUACUUUCAAAAACCAAAAGAGAGUUAGAGCGAGCAAGGCCAGUGAUUGAAUAUGGGGCAUUUCGUCCGAUGUGUGACUUGCAGUCCAUAGUUGAGGCAAUCGGGGGGUACCAUGAGAGAGCAACGAUGUGUAACCACAUUUUGAGCAAUCAAUGAGGCGUGGACGUACCAAGCCAGGGCUAAGACGUUUGGAAGAUCCAACCAAUCCCAGGCUCUGUCCGAAGAUGGGUUUUUCCCGGUCAUCUCCUUAUCGUUCCCUAAAGUUGAGCGUUAACACUGACGAAAGCGUAUGGCACUUUGCGAAAUACUAAAUUUAAAUAGUGGAACGCCCUGUUUUGGCCUACGGGGGCCUCAUCAGCGGCAUCUAGAGCAGGUAACCAUAUGCUCAGAGAGUGCCAUUAAACUAGCACGUAACCAUUAACUGUCACGAAUUUGGUAUCGUUUUAUAUUGUAAUUUAAGUGAAUAUAUGAAAUUAAAUACUUUUUUGUAAAGAGCACCCAUUUCCCACGGAGCGUGUGGUUUCUCUAGGCCUAUUCUAUGCUCAAUCAAUGUGGUACACCCUUGCAAAUGAGUGGCAGUCAGUCGAUUCAGUUAUUACGCCAGUCCAUUGAUUCCAUUGGUUCUAUGUGGUUUCUCAUUCACAAUGCC